ACACAUAUUGACAAGACCUUUUACAGUUGCAGGUAGCAUGCCGAUUAGUUGGAACAAAAUGUAAACACAAGUGCAUUGAGAAAGAAUAAACUCUAUAGAAAGCAUUAUCGUGCAUGGUCGGUACUUCUGUUAGUUCCAUUUUACGGAACUUGCCUUGUGCUUCCUCGAAGUAGACCUAGGUCGUUCUCAGAAUGUGCGCGCUUUCUGUAUAGCCUGGUGUUUUGGGAGACAAGGUCACACGCGCUGGUCCAGGGAACCGCUCACGACCGAGGAUCAAGAGCACCGUGCGAACGCGUCACCUGAAAAUGCCUAUUGACAAGAGCAAUGUCUUCGAAUUGCUCUAGGGUCAACAUUGGACUUGAUUUAUAUUCGUUUGAAAUUAGAUCAAGGAUCAACAUGAAGUUCAACGGGUAUCUGAAGCUUAGAAUUGGUGAGGCGUUGGACCUCAAACCAACUACUUUUUCCCUUCGCCACUCUGUAAUGUUCAACAAAACGGUUCCCACUCUGGACCCUUACAUUGUGAUAAAGGUGGACGAGUACAAAAUUGGACAAACACAUACAAAGCAGAAAACCAACAUGCCAACUUACAACGAGGAAUUUUGCCUCAAUGUCAACGACGGCAAGCAUAUAGAGUUGGGUGUAUUUCAUGAUGCACCCAUAGGGUAUGACGACUUUGUUGCCAACUGCAUCAUUCAAUUUGAGGACCUGAUCAAAACCUCGAACACAGAAGAUACUUUUGAAGGAUGGGUGGACCUGGAGCCAGAGGGCAAGGUGUACAUACUCAUAGUACUCAAUGGCUCCUUCAUUGAUGAUGACGCCACAGGGAAUGCGAAGGUGUUUAAGCAGUUCAACAGGAAGAGGCAGGGGGCCGUGAAACGCAAAAUUCACCAGGUCAACGGACACAAGUUCAUGUCCACCUUUCUACGGCAGCCUACCUUCUGCUUCCACUGCAAAGAGUUCAUCUGGGGUGUAUUUGGGAAGCAGGGCUACCAAUGCCAAGUAUGCACUUGUGUGGUUCACAAGCGAUGUCAUCAGUUGGUUGUCACGGUGUGUCCACGCAUGAAGAAGCCUGUCAAGGAGCCGACCACCAACCAAGGCUUCAGUAUCAACGUCCCCCAUAAGUUUAACAUCCACAACUUUAAGGCUCCCACCUUCUGUGACCACUGUGGUUCUCUACUGUGGGGCCUUGUCAGACAGGGUCUACACUGCAAGAUCUGUAAGAUGAAUGUACACAUCCGCUGUAAGGGCAACGUAGCACCCAGCUGUGGGGUCAACAGUGUGGAGCUGGCCAACAGGCUGGCAGAGAUGGGCCUGCAGGCCGGGGGGCUCUCCAAACGCAACUCACUGUCCUCUGGAGGGCAGGGCCAGGAGCGGGCCCUCAGUGUGAGGAGGGAGAGUGGAAACCCUCAGCAGCAGACCAGACUGCUGGGUAUCUCUGACUUCACCUUCCUUCAGGUGUUGGGCAAGGGCAGCUUCGGCAAGGUGAUGCUGGCUCGGUUGAACAGCAGUGAGCGGGUGUUUGCAGUUAAGGUGCUGAAGAAGGACAUAAUUCUGCAGGAUGAUGAUGUUGAGUGCACUAUGACAGAGAAGAGAGUGCUGUCUCUGGCUGGCUGCCACCCCUACCUCACUCAGCUCUACUGCUGCUUUCAGACACCGGACCGCCUGUUCUUUGUGAUGGAGUUUGUCAACGGGGGCGACCUCAUGUUCCACAUCCAGAAGUCCAGGAAGUUUGAGGAGGGCCGUGCUCGCUUCUACACCGCCGAGAUCACCUCUGCACUCAUGUUCCUGCACAGCAAGGGCAUCAUCUACAGGGAUCUUAAAUUGGACAAUGUGCUCCUUGAUAAGGAUGGACACUGUAAGCUGGCUGAUUUCGGCAUGUGCAAGGAGGGCAUGUUUGAAGGUGUGGCCACGGGCACCUUCUGUGGGACUCCUGACUACAUCGCCCCAGAGAUCCUUCAGGAGAUGCUGUAUGGGCCGUCUGUGGACUGGUGGGCUCUCGGGGUGCUGCUCUACGAGAUGCUGUCUGGCCACGCCCCAUUCGAGGCGGAGAACGAGGACGACCUGUUUGAGUCCAUCCUGAAUGAGGAGAUUAUCUAUGCAUCCUGGCUGAGUGCUGAUGCAGUCAAUCUCCUGAAAGCUUUCCUGACUAAGAACCCAGCCCGGCGUCUAGGCUGCAUGGCGGAAGAGGGUGGGGAGAAUGCUGUGACUAGCCAUGCCUUCUUCACUGGAAUCGACUGGGACAAGCUGAACCGCAGGGAGCUGGAGCCGCCCUUCAAACCCCGCAUCAAAACUGCAGAGGACGUGAACAACUUUGACCCAGACUUCACCCAGGAGGAGCCCACCCUGACGCCCAUUGAGGACCUCCUUCCCUCCGUCAACCAAGACGAGUUCCACAACUUCUCCUUCACUGCUCCUGAGCUGCUGGAAGACUAGGAGGCCCUGUGUGACACCCCAGCACCCACAGACUUUUCAUGGUGCUCUCUGUCAUACCUCCCCCUUUCUGCCUUGGCCCCUUUGACUCUUGACCCCUUCUCUCUGGCCCUACUGACUUCUACUUUUGCCCAAUGGGGAGGCAGUUUGAGUGGAAGAGGCUGACUUCCAGAUACAUGAGGACUCAUGAGGAUUCACUGUGCUGCUGUGAAAGAGGCAGAUGGUGACUUACUGAUUGGGGCUGUAUUGGAUCAUAUGGACUCUUACUGUAUCACUGUAAAACAUCUCCAGCUUCUGACAUUCUCAAUUAAAUUCUUGCAGCAGGAUUGUUGCGUAACUUCGUCUUGGCACUGUGGGAUAUGACAUCACUGUCUCGUCACUGUGGGAUAUGACUAACUGGUUCUGUGUUGAGACAGAGAGAGGUUGCUCAAUGAGGUCUGAUUUUAAUCAGAGAUUCUCUAUUUUUCCAUGCUCCUUCCUGUCACCUUUGGAAAACAUGGGACAGUUCUGACUUGUAAUCUUGCUCAAAGUGUAUUACUGAUCUUACAAACUUUGGUUGACUGAAAUGCAAAGCAAUGUUAAUGGAAAUGUGUCCCCUGAUACAGAAAGAUGAAUUUUCCUACGGUUCCUUCAAGAUAAAUACAAGCAAUUUUUGAACUAA